AUGGCCAACGCUACAGUCCACGUUACCAAUAUUGCUCCUGCCACCAGUGACAGUGAGAUCAAGGACUUCUUCAGCUUCUGCGGUAAGAUCGCCGACAUCAAGGUCGUCCAAGAGGGCGAAACCAAGACUGCCGACGUCACCUUUGAGAAGGAGACCGCCUCGAAGACUGCCCUUCUCCUGAACAACACCCAGCUUGGUGCCAACCAAAUCUCCGUCACCAGCACCUCGGGCGACAACACGGACGACGGCUCGCACUUCACCAAGAACGCCGACCGCGACACAGACGAGAUCACUCAGGAGGAGAAGCCUCGCGCCCGCAUCCUGGCCGAGUAUCUGUCCCAAGGCUACGUUGUUGGCGAUGCCGCCAUCCAGCGUGCGAUCGAGCUCGACUCUACACAUGGCGUAUCCUCGCGCUUCUUGAACACUCUCCAGGGCUUGGACUCCAAGUACCAUGCCAGCGACCGCGCCAAGGCCACCGACCAGAGCUAUGGCCUCAGCGAGCGUACAAACUCGCUCCUGACCGGAAUCAGCUCGUACUUUGAGAAGGCCGCUAACACCCCGACCGGCCAAAAGAUUGUUCAGUUCUACACCCAGGGCCAGAAACAGGUUCAGGAGGUGCAUGCCGAGGCCCGACGCCUGGCUGAGCUGAAGAAGGAGGAGCAUGGCGGCAGUGCAUACAAAGCUUCUGGACUCGAGAAGAUGUUUGGUCAAGGUUCUGGUACGCAAAACCCGCCGCCCCAAUCCGCGGCAGGUGAGAAGCAACCUUUCGAGACGGCAGCAGCCGCUGAGGCCAGCAUCGACGCCGGCGACCGCGUCGGCCUCAUGACGCCGUCCAACCCUGCCCCCUCAGACCCUGUCCCUGGUGUCAAGUCCCAGUCGCUGGACAAGUAG